AUGGCUACCGCUGUCACGCCCGGCGCGGCACGCAAACCAAGCCUCUUUUCAUCAGAGUUCCUUGCCUCAAAAUGGGCAAAACUCUUUUUCCUCGUCGUCGGGUUGCAGGCUCUCAUCUGCGUAGCAUUUGAGUCAUACGUAUUCGGGAGAUUCCAGUUCAGUCUUUUAUUGCAAGAUGCCGACAUCAACGACGCCCUCAAAUCGCAGUACCGCACGAUCCCGACGUUUUUGACCCUUUUCAUUUUCGGUUUCCUUUACAUCCUGCUGCUCACGUGGGACGCCCUGCGACUCAAGAACACCAUUCAAAUCAUCGGCCUCUGCGUCGCGAACCUGGCCAUUUUCGUUUACGCCAUCCUCCAAAUCGAUCAGAUCAACAACUCCAUCGCCCGGCUGCUCGGUGCUGGCGCUCUGAAGCCAGAUGAGGAUGACCGGAAUGUGUGGGAGCUGUGCAAACCCUUCCUGAUUGCCGUCCCGGCCGUGAAUGGCGUAAUCACCAUCCUCAUGGGCGUUAUCGCCUACCAGCUAUACCGGGAGUUCGCCUGGGAUAUUCUGAAGCAGAUUGGUGCCGACUACCGGAUGAAGAAGCGGUUCCUGCACUACCAGAUUUACAUCGCGCUUCUCAAGUUCGAUUUCUUCUUCUUCCUCGGGUUCACUGUACAGUUCCUCGUCAUCGUCAACGGCCUCAACGAGGUUGAACUCGGCCUCCACAUCGCCGCCAUUCCCAUCACCAUUGCGAUUCUGCUGUGCGCUGCCUUCUUUACCCGCCACGAAAACCGCAUCGGUGUGUGCUUCGUCAUCCUACUCUACUUUGGCGGCCUCGCCUACUUCUUCUUCAAGCUCGUCCGCAUCUACCAGCCUGGCUACAGCCGGGGCUACGACGCUGUCCGCCGGUCCCUUACUGCGUUCGCGGUUCUCACCAUCGUGCUCAUCAUUCUGACCAUCACCAAUGCAUUCAUCUGUAUGAAUAACUUUGGCAACGGGCUCAAAGCUCACAUCCUCAAGCCCACGGGUCCGGAUCCGGAAAAGGAGGACGCCAACUCGUACCAGCUGAACGACCAGAAGCCGUCUCUACCAAGCCGCAUGACCAUCGACUAA